ACUGCUACUUUGUAACACACAUCACAAGCGAAUGCACGCGCGCGCCCUCUGGUGCCAGAUAUUUUGGCAUCGUCUGUUCAUUCUCCACUCCCAAAGAGCUGUAUCCAAAGCUCCAACGUCGACCGUUCAACGUAGCUCUCACCUCAACCAACUUGGGACAAGAAAACUUUUUUUUGCAAACAGGUCGUGCAUGGAUACAAAUUUAAAGGCCCAACAAGGACAACAUCUAUGAUUUUGUUCAGAGGACUUGUCAUAGCAAUUCACAUUAAUUCUGAAAUACGGACUUGACCUAUCCUGGAUUACAUCUGGUUUCCAGCUAUUUUUCAGGCAUACUAUUUUCUUAUAGUUGGACAAGUUUUGAAGAGGGACUGUUUCACCGGUGUAAGGAAGAAUAUCUGCAAAAGGACAUCGCAGUUGAAGAGACAAAACAGAAAGUUUCUUUUCGACCAAGGAUCGGUACUAGGCUACUUGUCACUUUCCGGGAGCAGCAUUUUAAUCUGAACUUUGUUCAUCAUAAAUUUGCUGUCUUCGAAAAUCCGAAGUCAGGCUAUGGCGAAGAAAUACGACUUCCUCUUUAAAUUAUUACUCAUAGGAGAUAGUGGUGUGGGGAAAACUUGUCUUAUCAUCCGAUUUGCAGAGGACAAUUUUAACUCAACGUACAUAUCAACAAUUGGUAUUGACUUCAAAGUAAAGACCAUUGAUGUGGAUGGGAAGAAAGUAAAGCUACAAGUCUGGGACACAGCAGGACAGGAGAGGUUUAAGACCAUAACCACAGCCUACUACAGAGGAGCUAUGGGCAUCAUCCUGGUGUACGACAUCACUGAUGAGAAAUCCUUUGAGAACAUUCAGAACUGGAUGAAGAGCAUUAAAGAGAAUGCAUCAGCGGGAGUGAGCCGAAUGCUGCUGGGUAACAAGUGUGACAUUGAGGCCAAGCGGAAAGUGUCCAAGGAAGUUGGCGAGAAACUUGCAAAGGACCAUGGAAUUCGCUUCUUUGAGACAAGUGCCAAGUCCAGUAUUAAUGUGGAUGAGUCCAUGCUUUCGCUGGCUCGGGACAUUUUGCUGAAGUCAAGCAAGAAACCGACAUCCACUGCCAAGGAGGUGAAGCUGACAACACCAGAGACCAAGGCCAAGUCAUCUUCCAAGUGCCUCCUCAUUUAAACACACACACACACACACACACACACACACACACACACACACACACACACACACACACACACACACACACACACACACACACACGGGAGGGUGGGUGUCACUAGGGGUGUUGAAAGAUGGAGAUGGUUUGAAUAAUGAGAGGAGAAGUGAGCAGAGGAAAGUGGAAGAAAAGUCAAAGAAAGUUUUAAAAAUCUUUAAAAGUCAAAGUUGAAAAAAGUACAACCAACUUGAAGCAAAUGAGAACAGUGUUCAUCACUGAAGGUUUUGUAAAAUAUUGGCUAACCUGAGCAUUAUAAACACAUGCAUGGUAUUGUUCAGUUGAACUGACAUUAAAAAGUCACAUUGACAUUUUCAAAAGUUGGUUUUAUGAUGUUGCUUUUACAGUGUAGGUAAUGUAUGUGAGAGAGGGAGAGAAGGCCUCCGUACAAUGCUAGUCCUGAGCUGAUGACUGUGUUGUUCAGGUAGCUGUCAGUAUUUUGAUAAAUGCUGUAUACAAUUCCAUAUGACAUUCUUUUGAGAAAAAAAGCAUUCCUUUGGAAUAAAAAACAAUACUGGUAGUAGAAAAAACGAAAUGUGGACUAUCGAUAUUAGCUGAGUGUUUCUGACAAAAAAAACCCCACAUACCUCAAAAUGGGUACAAACUGCAGUGGUAAUCAAAUAACCCAUGCAAAGAUGUGUUGCCAGGUGCCUCAACAUCUUCAUGAUAUUGUCAGAUGAGCACCACCAUAGUGCCUUGAUUAUCCUAGACAGGAGAAUGGUACACGCCACUGGGUUUUGUUACAUUGCCAUGAUCUGAACCACUGACAGGAGGGGGGAUGGAAAGGAAAACAGAAAGUCAGAUGGAGGUCAAAAGAAAGAAAGAAAGAAAGAAAGAAAGAAAGAAAGAAAGAAAGAAAGAAAGAAAGAAAGGAUGAAUGGAGAUCAGUAUUUUGGAAAUGUACUAGCUGACUUUUAUAAAUCGGCCAGUGCUCACAAUGCAAUGGUACUGCAAUUAAUAGGCCUACUGAUGGAUCAUAGUACACUAACACAUGUUUGCUGAGGUACAAUAGACUUAGAAUAUAAGAAAAGAUGGAGGAACAUGGAUCAUGAUUCUUUGAAGAUGUUAAACUCCUUCACAAGUUAGUAAAUUCAACUUUUAACAAGGUGCAGGGUGUACCAUAGGUUUUAGACUUGCCAUAUAUCGUACAUAGAAAAUCUUCUGAGGUUAACUGUCUCUUUAAGAGAAGACAUCCCACUACAUUUUUGCAUUGAAUACAGAUAUUUCAGCUAGUGAGUGAGUGAUUUUGACUGACAGUAGAUGAAAGGCUUAAAAGCAGGUAUGACUAAAAAGAGAGUAGGCCUAUGUCUUCUGUAUUUGGGCGUGUAAGAAGGUUAUGUUGUAUAAUGUUUACUUGUGCAGAAUUGUACAGAUAUUCUUUAAUCCAAUAGCUGUAUUAUAGGAGGGCCACAAAGACCUCUCACUAUGGUGGCUUUUGAUUUUCAGAGAAGAAUGAUCUUUGGUGCCAUCUUGGUUAAAACACACCUACAAGCCCAGAGUCCCCCAUAGACGACUCGACAUUCGACUCGACCGAAUUUUUUUUUUUUUUUUACAAAAGUGUGUGUACCGGUGUCUGUGUUUGUACAGGCACACACAUUCAUGUGUUUGUGACAGGGAUGGGCAAGGAGGAACAGCAGGUAUGGCAGAAACAAGUUCCUCAUGGGGGUGAUGUAACCGAGGACAUGCACAGACUUGCACAUCAGGGGUUCUGGAAAGAUCUACGAAGAUCUUCCUCUUCUUUUCUCCUGUUGAAAGACUGAUCCCCAUACCAUGCUGAUACUGGGAGGUAUUCCAAGAGCAAGGUUGAGUGAUAAAUCUGGCUUAGUGAUCCUAAGUGUAAAAACCAACAAAUAGAUCACAUGCAGGUGUCAUUUGGUUAAGAAAAUCAGAAGUACAGGCUCUUCCAUUAACUGACUUGCAAGAUCAACUUAAACACCUCUUUUGGAAUACCCUGCAGGUCCUCCGCCAUGCCUUUCACACGCUGCGUCUUCUUUGACGGCUGUGUCACCUCUGUGGUGCAGUCUUUCUGCUGGGAGCUUCACAGUCCCUUUUCAACAAACGCUCAGCCUUUUUAAAAACUGAACAAAUGACGACUUUGUACACCAAACAGGAAUCUAUUUUUGUUGUUGACUUUUUUUUAAAUGAAAAAAUGGCCUUGUUUCUGUUUACAUGAAAAACAUGGGAAACAUAAAAAGGAUGCAAGAAGGGAAGAAUCGAAGGUGAAAAAAAGACAGAAUGGAUGGGUGGAUGGAUGUGAUAUGAGGAUGAUGUUGCACAAGAAGGUGAAGAAGAUGUUUUGGUAAACACUUUACUUGACGCCGGCGUCAUACGUAUGACAUAACAGUGUCAUAAUAACAUUGUCAUAAUGCAUGUGUAAUAAAUAUUAUGUCAAUGUCAUAAACAUUGUAUGACUAUCUUUCAGUGAAAUUGGGUUAUGACAAAGACAGGCCUAACAAUGUCAACUUUUCAUGGCCAUACAAUGUUGAUGACAUUGGCAUUAUGUUUAUGACUCGUUCAUGGCACUGUUAUGACACUAUGUCACACGUAUGACGCCGGCGUCAAGUAAAGUGUAACCAAUGUUUUAAAUGACUUGUGUUGCAGCUGUACAGCAAUUCUUUCAGACACCAGCACUGCUAUUUUCUGCUUUAUUUUUGGACACACUGUACUUUCUGUGUGUGUGUGUGUGUGUGUGUGUGUGUGUGUGUGUGUGUGUGUGUGUGUGUGUGUGCGUGUGCGUGUGUGUGUGACAGUUUUUCUUUCAUCGAACGUGUGAAUAUUUCUCAGGUGGUCUGAAUGAAACACCAUGCAUGUCUCUGACUCUUUUAUGCUGCUUUGAAUAAAAAACAAACA